AUGUUUUUUUAUGCAUUUCACUCAAAUAACGUAACCCCUUCUCGUUUUAUUAAACUCGAAACCGUUAAGGGAUUACCUGUCGAUUCCCAGUUCUUACUAUACCAGUAUGCAUUGAAACAUGAAAGACUAGAUAUUGCAAAGGAAUUUUCACUAAACCAACAACCGAGACCUGAAUAUGUUGAAGAUAUAUGUGAACUUUUCGAGAAAUUUGCCAUUAACACCUGCCUAGAUGAAUUACCUGAACAAGAACUAAUCCAAUACUUUGAAUGGUUUUCUUCCAAUGGCUAUAACUUAGUAGUCAAACAUUACCGACAGCUGGAGGUAACAUCUUCGACUCGGGUUAUUGAUUCUUGCAUAAAGAUCCUCGACAAGUUCCCCAAAUGCCUGGGUGUUGAUGCGUUAUCUAGCAUUAAUCGGCGCAUGUUUUGGUGCCAAAGUAUGGCAACUUUGGCUCUUUUAGAUAUAGCCUAUAUGACCGAGAACCACAUUUCAAAAGACCUAUACUUUACCAGCGCAAGAAUGCAUCUACAACGGUGCCAAAGCUAUGUCACGACCCAUCAUCAAGAGACUGCCCCGGAAGAAUGGAGUAAGUUUUCUGAGGUUGUUCGUUCACUAAUUGCGCUCUAUUUCGACUCUGCAAUUCGCUCGAACCAAGGGAUAGAAGAGAGUAUAUGUGCGAUACUGGGUAUUUGUGAUCCAAAUUCAGAUCCACAAGUACUUUGCAUCCUUGCGGACCGAAUAAUAUCUUCUGGCUUAACUACUCCGGCUGUCUAUCGGGCCUUCCAACGAGCUACUGCUUUGAAAUUGACGUCUGGUGGUUUAUGUGAAGUGUUGCAUCAUUUCCGUUGGCUCCGUUGUCUCUAUCGAUUUGGGCUUAAAUGUGAGGAAAAUUGUGCUAAAUCUAUUGUCGGUGAAUCACACAAACUGGUAGACAUAGCAACAAACCUUAGGCAUGAGCUAUCUCUGGAGAUGACAAGGGAGCUCUGCUGGGAAAUGCAGUGGCUACCAAUUGCAGUGUAUAACCAGUCCUUAGUAUUUUACAAGGACAUGAAGAACAGCAUGAGCCAAGAAUGGUUCAAUGAGGCUAUUAAUCUAAUCCAGGAGGUUGAACUCAAGGGCUGGGAUACGGAUUCUCUCUUUAGAAGAAUGAGUGAAGCAUAUGGCGCUUUGACAUGGAAAACUGAUGACCCUUUAUGA